AUGAGUGUUGCCUCUAUCAUUACUUUCCGUCGUUCGACUUCAACUGCUGUAACAACAAACUUCGCAAAUUUAAAACAAUUAAAUAAAAUGGCUACAUGUACUUACUCAAUAAAAGCUAAUGUUAGUAAUAGCAAUAGCAAUAACAUUAAAACAAUUAAUUCAAAUCAAGUCAAGAAAUCUCCUCUAAUAAUAAAAGCUACAACUACUGCUAUUCCAGAAUAUCAAUUUUUCGAUGCUAAGAGAGCCUUGAUGACGAGAUCGAUAUCUCAUCAUAGUUUGAAGGUCGCUAAGGGAAAAGAUUUUGCUCCUGCUGAACAACUGACUUUAGCAGAUUUAAAUGAAAAUGUAUUGAAGGCUAAAUAUGCUGUUCGAGGUUCUAUCCCAAUGAGAGCUGAAGAACUAAAGGUUCAACUAGAGAAUAAUCCUUCUACUUUACCUUUCUCUCAAAUAGUGAAUGCCAAUAUAGGUAAUCCUCAACAACUAAAACAAAAACCUUUAAGUUUUUAUAGACAAGUUCUAUCCAUAUUACAAUAUCCUGAUAUAUUAAAGGAAAAUGAACAAAACUUAAUUGAUGCAAAGGUCUAUAAGAGGGAUGCUAUAGACCGUGCUAAACUAUUGUUAAGUGAAAUUGGUGGUUCUGUAGGGGCUUAUUCUGCCUCUCAAGGUGUGUAUGGUAUUAGGAAAACUGUCGCUAAUUUCAUCACAGAAAGAGAUGGAGGUGAACCUGCUUAUCCUGAAGAUAUUUUUUUAACCGUCUGGUGCUUCCGCUGCUGUUGCUACCUUUUAUCCAUUCUUUGUCAAGGUCCUAAGACAGGUGUUUUGAUUCCAAUCCCACAAUAUCCACUAUAUACUGCUACUUUGGCUCUAAACAACUCACAUGCUUUGCCUUAUUAUUUAGAUGAGAAAUCGGGAUGGUCAACGAAUCCAAAAGAAAUAGAAGAAGUUGUCCAGGAUGCUAUGGAAAGGGCUAUCAACCCAUCUGUCCUUGUUGUAAUUAACCCGGGAAAUCCAACUGGGGCCGUUCUAACUGAAGAAUCAAUUGAACAUAUCUUUGAAAUCGCCGCUAAAUAUGGUAUCGUUGUCAUUGCCGAUGAAGUAUAUCAAGAAAAUAUUGCUGAUGGUGUUAAAUUCUAUUCAAUGAAAAAAGUUCUAAGAAAAUUACAAAAAUCUCAUCCUGGUAAAUUCGAUAAUGUUCAAUUAGCUUCAUUACACUCAACCUCUAAAGGUGUUUCUGGUGAAUGUGGUCAAAGAGGUGGUUAUAUGGAACUUAUUGGAUUUACUCAUGAAGUUAGAAAAGUUAUUUUGAAAUUAGCUUCCAUUUCUUUAUGCCCUGUUGUCACUGGUCAGGCUCUAGUUGAUUUAAUGGUCUCUCCUCCAAAGAAAGGUGAUGCAUCUUAUGAGCAGGAUCAAGCCGAAAGGAGACAUAUUAAAUCUGAACUAAGUAUCAGAGCUUCUCAACUUUAUGAAACUUUUGUCGGUUUAGAAGGCAUUGAAUGCCAAAAACCACAAGGUGCUAUGUAUUUAUUCCCAAAAUUAGAUUUACCGUUUAAAGCUGUACAAGAAGCUCAACAUUUAGAAAUGACACCGGAUGAAUUUUAUUGUAAAUCAUUGCUAGAUGCUACCGGUAUCUGUACUGUACCAGGCUCAGGGUUCGGUCAAGAGCCAGGUACAUAUCAUUUAAGAACGACAUUCUUGGCUCCAGGUACGGAAUGGAUCAAGAAAUGGGAAGCGUUCCACAAAGAAUUUUAUGACAACUAUAGGGAUUGA